CCGAGGCACACAGUGGCAGCGGGUGUCCAGUUGUGUCUGGAAGCUGGACACCCCCAGGCUUCAAAUCCUUGGUGGGAGAGAGGCACCAGGCGACUUCCAAACAGCCUCACCUCACUUCUGAGAUGGUGGACUACUACAAAGUCCUUGGACUGCAAAAAAACGCCUCCCAGGAUGACAUUAGGAAAUCCUACCGCAGGCUGGCACUGCAAUGGCAUCCUGAUAAGAAUCCCAGCAACAAGGAGGAAGCCGAAAAGAAAUUCAAAGCUGUCGCUGAGGCAUAUGAAGUUUUGUCAGACGCUCAGAAACGGUCACUCUAUGACAGGUCUGUUAAGGAGAGCAUUUCCCACAGAGCAAGAAGUCCCUCGAUGGGUCAUAACAGCUUUUUUGACGCCACUUAUGUAUUCCAAGACCCCAGUGAGAUCUCUAGGGAUUUCUUUGGAGGGAUGGAUCCCUUUGUGCAUGCUUUCUGGGACCCAUUUGACAACCUCAGGAAUGGUGAUGAAAACAAGCAGGGUCCAAGUGGAAGAGGAAGCUGCUCCAGUUUGUUUUCUGACUUCGUGCAGUCUUUCAUGCCAUUUAAUCCAUUCAGCCCCAGUGAGCAGCCCACCUUCUCCUUUGCUGAGGACAUGGCUGAGCCACACAGUUUCAGAUCAGUCUUGACCACUACUGAAGGGAUCAACGGCAAGAAGGUCAUAGAAUAUCCUGAGAAGCUAAACUGCAAACAGCUUUCCUAUGGCUGCUGCCAUAGGAAACACCCUAUGGAUAUAAGAUGA